AUGAGUGUUACAAUAUCAUCAUCAAUAACCAUCCUUAUUGUUGCAUUCUUUACCGUUUGUUCAGCACAAUUUAAUAUAAGUGAAUGUUUAGAAAGCAAGAAUUGCAUAUUUAUUUCGACACAAUGUAACGAAAGAGAAGAUUGUGAAAAAAUCAUUAGUUAUGCAGCACAAUUAGAUGAUUGGGUAGUAGUAGAACUGUUUUACAAUACAACACAUCCGCACACUAAUUAUGCAGCUAUUGGCUUCUCUGAAGAUAUUCUAAUGGGCGAUGAAAGUGUAACACACUGUGGCUUUGAUGAAAUGAAUCAAGCAGGUGUAUUCUUGUCUCAAAAUGACGGCAAAUUUAAUACACCGUUGAAUUUAACAACAGAAAAUGUUGCAAAAUACGUGGAGUUAUUAGAAGCUACUCAUACAUCAAAUUCAAUUUACUGUAAAUUUCGACAAAAGAUUACGCCAGAUCAAGCAGCUCAAGAAGCUUAUGUACCAGAUCUGAAUCGUACUUAUUAUUUGCUUUUAGCAUAUGGGAAAACUAACAAAUAUGAAGCAAUGGAUAUGCACUCGUUAGAUGGGCAUUCAAAGGAUUUUCCGCUCAUUAUUCCAACACCGGUAAAUGUUGCUGCAUGGAAAAAAGUACCAGAAACACCAACUAAGUUACCAACGAAUCGUAAAUUGGUUAUCUUACAUGGAAUUCUAAUGAUUGUAGGAUGGAUGUGGUUGGUUCCUUCAGCAGUUUCAGCAGCACGAUAUCUUCGGGAACAUUGGCCUGAAAAUAGACCAUUUGGUUUGAAAAUAUGGUUUCAUAUACAUCGUAUAACGAAUUAUCUGGCAAUUAUUGUAAUUAUUAUUGGUGUUUUGUCAGUAUUUAUUGGAAAAGAAUGGCAAUGGACCGGGCCGGCAAUAAACAAAACUCUUAAACGAAAUCUUUCUGCUGGAGCUAUUCAUUCUAUUAUUGGUGCAAUAAGUAUUGGUGUACUAUUAAUUCAACCAGUGGGUGCAUUUCUGCGCUGUGACGAAGGAUCGAGUUAUCGCGUAGUAUUUAAUUGGUCCCAUCGCUUCUUUGGUCUUCUCUCUUUUUUAUUGGCUCAAAUUUCAAUAAUUUUAAGUAUCAUUUUUUUCCGUCUCUGGUUACUCAGAUGGGCUGCUAUUGUUCUCUAUGUCGUUUAUCUUAUUCUAAUAGCACUUCUACUUUCUCACAUGAAGAAAAUAAACUCCCUAAAAGAGCAUCAAACUGCGUCAGUUUCCUAUGCCGGACGACAUUAUCAUGGGGAACAAAUUGUUAUAACAAAAACAAAACACGAUUACAACACCGAUAGAUUAACAGUACUGGUUGUGCUAGCCUUUAGUGCAAUGAACGCGUUAAUUAUAAUUAUAAUGACGGCAUUGAUGCUAGCAACAAUGUGA